GGUUGGACUCGCCAGCUGAUAGGCUGAUCCAACCAAUGUUUAAUUCCAUAAACGAUAUAGCUGUAUCAGGCGAUACGUGGGGAAUGGUACUGAUUUCCGAUCCAUUGCCAGCCUAUCCACAUAUAAUGAGUCCAGAUUGACCAAUCUGUGGGUCCCACCAUUUUAGUGCUGCUACUGGUUGGAUAGUUAAGGAGCCCAGAAACCCAACAGUGCCACAAUUGCAACGUACCUUCAUGACAUGAUCAAACGCUUCAUCGUUUCCACCACAGCGAGAAUCUGUUGUCACUCCUCUCUCCAAAGAAUAAACUCCAGCAGCAGCAGCAGCAGCAGCUCAUGGAACUCUCGCUUGAGAUUGCUGGCGAAAGAGGGCCACUUCCUGGAAUCCCUCCAUCUCUACCGCACGAUGCUCCUCUCUGGACACUCCCCCGACCGUUUCACCUUCCCCUUUGCUAUCAAAUCCUGCGCUGCUCUCUCCUUUCCUUUGUCCGGCGCUCAGAUCCACUGUCACGUCAUCAAGACCGGAUGCCUCUUCGACCCUUUCGUCCAGACGUCUCUCAUCUCCAUGUACUCGAAAUGCUACCUCCUUCACCAGGCCCGUAACCUGUUCGACGAAAUUCCCCCGUCUAAUAAGAGCUUGCUUGUCUGCUACAACGCCCUCAUCUCCGGGUUCACCCUCAAUUCCCGCCCUUUGGAAGCCCUCGCCCUCUUCCGCCGCAUGCGCCGUACUGGCAUCCCCUUCACAGUCGUCACAAUGCUCGGUUUGAUACCGUCGUGUGCUCUCCCGACGUUGCUGGGUUCUGGGAUGUCCCUCCACGCCUGCAAUAUUAAGUUUGGUACGGAUAUUGAUGCCUCCGUUGAGAAUUGUCUACUUACCAUGUAUGCGAAAUGCGGGUCUGUUGAUCUUGCUCGGCAGGUGUUUGAUGGAAUGCCUGUGAAGGGUUUGAUCUCGUGGAAUGCCAUGAUCUCUGGGUAUGCUCAGAACGGCCUUGCUGCUGAUGUCUUGGAUCUCUUUCGCCAGAUGGAAAGGUCCGGAGUGCAGCCUGACCCUGUAAGCCUCGUCAGCAUUCUUUCCUCCUGUGCAAACCUUGGUGCCCGACGUGUUGGCCGGGAUGUUGAACAGUACAUUGCCCGUAGCAUGUUUGGUUUCAAUGUCUUUCUGAUGAACGGAUUGAUAAAUAUGUAUGCAAGGUGUGGGGAUUUGGCACAUGCUCGCAAGCUAUUCGAUAGUAUGCCUGACAGGAAUGUUAUCUCUUGGACUGCAAUCAUUUCUGGCUAUGGGAUGCAUGGCUAUGGAGAGACAGCGGUGCGACUCUUUGAUGAGAUGCGAGCGGCAGGUAUCCAACCAGAUUCUGUGGCAUUUGUCAGUGUCCUAUCGGCAUGCAGCCAUGCAGGGCUGACAGAGAAGGGCUUGGAGUAUUUUUCGGAGAUGGAGAAGAAUUAUGGUCUGCGUCCAGGACCUGAACAUUAUGCUUGUGUAGUUGAUCUUCUUGGACGUGCAGGUCGGCUUGAGGAUGCAUGUGGGCUAAUUGGAUCAAUGCUAGUGAAGCCCGAUGGUGCUGUCUGGGGUGCCCUCCUAGGUGCAUGCAAGAUCCACCGCAACAUCAAACUGGCAGAGUUGGCAUUCGAGAGUGUUAUUGGGUUCGAGCCAAUGAAUGUUGGUUAUUAUGUUUUGAUGUCGAAUAUAUAUGCGGAAGCAGGAAACUUGGAUGGUGUGGCAAGGAUUCGAGGGAUGAUGAGAGAGAGAAGGCUUAAGAAGGAACCUGGGUGUAGCUACGUUGAGCACAAGGAGAGGAUUCACCUCUUUUUAGCAGGUGAUAGAUUGCAUCCUCAGGCCAAAGAUAUCUACAGGAUGUUGGAUGGGUUAGAGGCUUCGGUGAAAGCGCUGAAUGCAUUAAAGGAUGGUAAUGUUGAUACAAAUAAUGGAAGUGGCGAAGGUGAGGAUAUUGUAACGGCAAUGGGAGUUCACAGUGAGAAGCUGGCAAUUGUGUUUGGGCUCUUAAACACAAAGGCAGGGGAGGAGAUAGUGGUGAUAAAAAACUUGAGGGUAUGUGGAGAUUGUCAUCGGUUUAUAAAAUCGAUUACAAAGAUUGUGAACCGUGCAAUCAUUGUUAGAGAUGCAACCCGUUUUCACCAUUUUGAAGAUGGUGUUUGUUCUUGCAAUGAUUACUGGUGAUAGAGAUGGCAAAGCUGGAUGACUUGGAUUGAUUCUCUCUUCCAGAGACUGUAGAGGAACUAUUGGCUGCAUGUUUGCUAAGAAAGGCCGCAUUGGUGGCUGCUUUGACAUAAGAAGGGGAUUGACGGACAGCCCUUGGGUAGGAUACAAGUGCAUGAUGCAAAUGAAAGUGGGUCUUAAAUUAUGGAAAAUACAUGGGUGCAUUUGGAGCUCGAUAAUAGAAGGAUUGAGAAACAAAACAUGGGUUUAUCCACAGAUGCCUACGAGUCUCUUGAUAUGUUGGUGUCCUCCAAAAGCAAGGAGGCAUGUGAUAUAUGAGAGUGAGUCUCUCUUCUUGGUCAAGCAUGACAAGGUAAAAUCGCUUGAAGUAGGAGCAUUAAAGAUGCAUUUAUAAGGGUUUCAUGCCCUUGCUGUCAAUCACAUUGCCAUGUUUUGGCCAUUGCAAUUUACAAAUAUGACUGAAACUUCAUAUGCCUUGGUGACUAUCUGGUGAAGAAAAGUAAAGGGUAGGCAUGUAUCUUAAGUGGACAGUGUAAGGUGUGAAUGAUAAACACAAUUGAACUGCUAACAGACUCUGUGACUAAGAGGUUGUGGAGUGUGCCCCAUAAUAAUGUCAGGUUGUAGAGCAUCCCCUACAGUACCAAGGCAUUGUUCAUUUAUACGAGUAGGGAUGGAAAGGAUUGUAGGCUGUGGGCCAUGGGCUCUACGAUGUGAAGGUACUAGAGCUUCCUCAUGGUGGAGGAUGAUAAAUGUGUUUAAAAAAUUACAAUGCCAAGGUCCUUGAGCUUCCUCACGGUGGAGGGUUAGAAAUGUGUUUAAAACAUUAUGGGUGCAAGGUAUUCUCAUGGCUAUGGAUGUUGAGAAUGCUUUCUCCUACAAAGUCGAGCUCGCAAGAUGCCCUUAGAUUCAAUGAUGUGAUCAUUGUCUUUCAUCUAAGACUUUCUUCCAGCAAUUUGGGUUGGUUUUUAGAUGAUGGAUUGGCUGAAAUUUUUAUGAUUAGCUGCCCACCAGACAUCAACCUUCCUCUCUUACCCAUGCUCUUGGUAGUUGACGUCCUUGGUUCUCCAUGACAAAAGGAACCCAGACUCAUGCCUUAUCAAGCACUAGCUGAGCACCUAAUCAAGUGGUUCAAAGAAAUUGAGUUCAAUCACGUUCCUAGAGAUGAAAACAGGUUAGCUGAUGCCCUUGCUACCCUUGCUUUGGCUCCUUAUUCAUCAAUUAAUGGUCUCUCAUUGUAGAGAAACUCUUGAUUCCAGCUACCAAGAGACACUCACUACCUAUGAUCCGGCAGGUCAAUCUUCAUAAUUUCAUCCAAAAUGUGAAAUACUCAUUAAAAUGUGGGAGAGACAAGAAGAUGCGGGGUUGUUAAUCUGCUUGGCUAGUUAAGCAUGAGCUAAUUCAUUUGUCUUUGGGCUUC